AUGGGGCCGGCCGUACCCGGCGACACCGUGCGGCUGGGUGACCACACGCUCUCCGUGAGCUCGGAGGUGGCGCACCAGGAGCGGCGCGUGGCGGCCGUGCUGCACCACCCGCAGUACAGUCCCUGGCAGAAUGACAUCGCGCUGGCGGCCGGCUGGGGCCAUCUCGAGUUCGCCGGCGACACGCCCGACGUGCUGCACGAGGUGCCGCUGCGCGUGACUGACGCGGCCGCCUGCGAGGAGGCGUACCUGGCCGCGCCGCAGUUUAGGGCUCGCUUCCCAGGUGGAUUUCAGGACACAAAGCUGGUGGGCAUCGUGUCGACCGGCUACGGCUGCGGCAACCCAAAGUACCCGGGCAUCUACACCAGGGUGUCUGCGUACGUCGACUGGAUCCGGGACAACAUGGAGUAA